AGGAGAACAAACGUUGUGCGGCACCGAGAGAGCAGUACUCGAAGCCGACUGUUUCCGCCCCCACCGUCCUCUUCACGAGACCACCGAGUCCAGCUCGAGGAGCACAAACGUUGUGCGGCACCGAAGUUGAAGCUUUUCGGGCCCAGACACCUAUACGGAUGUCGGAAGGCGGUACGUGGAGGAGCAAAAGGAUGAACAGGGACCCUUCCCGAUACAUUGAACGCGUUCAUCGGUACAAGGAUGCUGCUGGCUCCUGUCUGGCAUUUCGUCGAUCACCAUGCGGUCGUUGUCGCUGCCGUCCUGCGGUGGCUGCGACGGCGAGGACGACCCGUCCUCCCUGUGGAGCGUCGCCAGCAUCCUCCAGUACCAGAAAGCCGGCGACUUGCUCAUCGCCCUCGCAUACUUCUCCAUCCCGCUCGAGCUCUUCUACUUCGUCACCUGCUCCGAUAUCUUCCCCUUCCGCUGGGUCAUCCUCCAGUUCGGGGCCUUCAUCGUGCUCUGCAGCCUCAGCCACCUCGCCGCCGCCUUCACCUACGCCCCCCACUCGUUCCUUCUGUUCCUCACCCUCACCGUCCUCAAGUUCCUCACUGCGCUCGUCUCCCUCGCCACCGCCAUCUCCCUCGUCGCGCUCAUCCCGCAGCUGCUCCGCCUCUUCGUCCGCGAAGGCCUCCUCCGCCAGAAGGCGCGCGAGCUCGACCGCGAUCUCGGCCUCAUGCGCCGCCAGGAGGAGGCCGCGUGGCGCGUUCCCAUGCUCACCGCCGAGAUACGCCGUUCCCUCGACCGGAACACCAUCCUCGACACCACUCUGGUCCAGCUCUCGGCCGCGCUCUCGCUCCGUGAGUGCGCCAUAUGGAUGCCCACCUCGCCUUCCUCCAUGUCCCUAACCCACCAGCUCCACAGCGGUCCCCGCCCGCCGGCGUCCGUUUCCACGGACGACGCCGAUGUCAUCGAGAUUAUGUCACGUAACGGCGUGGUGAUUCUGGACCCAAAAUCCAAUCUUGUGCGGGCCGCGAUGGCGAGCGAGGCUGUUGGCCGGGUGGCGGCCACUCGGGUGCCUCUGCUUAAAGUGUCCCAUUUCAAUGAUGAGAGCAUGGAGGCAUCGCAUGCUAUUCUCAUUCUGGUGCUUCCCGAUGGAGAAGUCAGGGAGUGGACCUCUCACGAGCUCGAGACAGUGGAGGUUGUCGCGGACCAGGUGGCCGUCGCGCUCUCCCAUGCUGCUAUUCUUGAGGAUUCUUUGCUCAUAAGGGAGAAGCUUCUGGAGCAGAACAUGGUCCUCAACCGUGCCCGCCAUGAUGCUCUGCUUGCGAGAGAGGCCCGAGAGUCAUUCAAGUGCUUUAUGACUCGGGAAAUCAUCGGGCCAAUACGCUCGAUCGGUGCCAUCUUUUCACUGUUGCAAGUUGAGAAGCUGAGUCCUCAGCAACUGGGAAUGGUGACAACCGGGCUCACCUUGUCAUCUCUGAUCGGGGAAGCGGCCAACAUCUCUGGGUUUGAGGAGGGAGAGCUGGAGCUGAUCUUGCAACAGUUUCAUGUUCGUGCAAUUCUAGAAGAAGCUGUGACCAUGUCGAGGCUGUUGUGUGCUUGCCGAGGUGUGCACUUUAAAUUUGAAGUAUCCGGCCAAGUUCACAGAGCUGUAGUUGGGGACACGAAGCGGAUACUUCAGGCUCUUUGGUGCAUGCUUGGAAAUGUCUUGGGCUUUGGUGAUUGCAGGGCCAUCUUCCUCCAAGUCCUAGUAGAAAGUAGCAUGCAGGAUGACAUUUCGAUAAGCAAGUAUGGGGUCAUGCAACAGGGUCUAGAAGAGGGUACAGUUGUGCUGAAGUUUGAAGUUAGAAGAAUUGGUAUCAAAAGAAAAGACAACAACAUUGCUCACAGCAAGCAUGGACCUGAUAUUGGUGAUCCUGGGAUUAGCUUCGCUAUAUGCGAGAAGCUGGCAAGACUUAUGCACGGGAGCUUUUCUGCUCUUCCAGAAGCUGCAUACGAGGAGAGUUUUCAGCUGCUCAUCAGAUUACCAUGUCCUCGAUCAAGGGAUGAACUACUAAUGACAAGGCACACUGAUAUUGAGAGUUGUCCAUUCAAAGGAAUGAGAGUUCUGCUGAUGGACAUCGAUCGAUCCAGUAUAGUAAUCACCAAAUUGCUUCUUGAGAAACUUGGAUGUCAUCUUACUACAGUGCAUUCAUGGCGCCACGGUGUCCAUAUGAUGGGAAGCCAAUUCCACCUAUUACUUAUUGAUGAUAAAAUUCUUGAGAACAAUAGGCACGAAGUUGCUUCUCGCAUAAAACAACUUAGUAGCAAGAGCUGGCCGCUGUUUGUUGCGUUAACACCUAAUGCUGACAGGAAGACAAAAGAAAGAUGCCUUCAGGAUGGGAUGCAUGGUGUAUUAUGCAAACCAGUCAUAUUGAAGCAGAUGAUAGAUGAGUUGCAGAGAAUCACCCAGCAACUACAAAUUCCACAUCCUUUGUUGAUGACGCAGCAAAAUUAGGAGACCAAUGCUUUCAAAUAGGAAACGGUCAGUAGAAAGCAAAGAUCCAGAGCUAUAUGGAUCCACAUAUUUGGUGUAGGAUCAUUGCUUUGGUAGUAAUGGUUUACAACAACUGGUGGUAGGACUGUGCAGAUCUUGUAAAUGCAAGUAAAAUGGAUCUUUCUUUAGCUAGCUGUAGCUCUUUUCUGUUUAGGUUUUUUCCUGAAAGACUUAUUGUGGGGUGUUGAUAUCAAUGUUUUCUUUACCAUGCUUUCUUC